AGCGCGCCGAUUGCUGUCAGCAGUGGGCGCGACCAAUCAGUGCGCGGAAGCGGCCGGUGCGUACCUGCAGAAAGGGAAAAACUAAACUAAGGGAGAAACAACUUUGCAAGAGGAGAAGCUAUGGAAGUGGCGUCCCGGUACUUGAUGCUAGCGCUCGUUGCGCUCUGUAUUUCUUCCUCUGGCCAGGUCCAAACUCUCACAUCCUGUCCAAAUUGUGAUGACUUCUCUGUGCCUGAAGGUUCAUCCAAGGUGAUCGCUGCAAAUGUAUCAGCCUAUCCCAAAAUGCUUGUUCUGCAUAAAAACAAUUCUCCUAUUAGUUUGGAAAAAAUUCUGUUCAUAAACAAAGGUCAGCUACAAUUUGUGGAGACUGCAUGGACAGACUAUUUCUAUAUGUCUGGAAAUGAUCUUGCUAUCAAGAAUGCAAACGAAGUGCUCACUGGAUGCUACCAGCUUGCCUAUCAACUUAACGAACUUAGUGUGAAGCAAUUUUGCCUUGCAAUUCUAGGUCCAUGGAAUUGUUCUUCUGAUAGCUUCUCCUUAGCAGAAGGUUCCUCUGAAAAGAUCAUUGCUAACAUAUCCACCAACUCCUUUGAUCUUGCUUUAUAUAAGAAAGUUAAUGUUAGCUCUGACUGGGAACACAUUCUAAACAUAACUGAUGGACACCUGAGCUACAUUAGAGAGGAAUAUAAAAACAAUUUCUUGCUAUCGGAGGACGGCCUUACUCUGAAGAAUGCAACCAAAGGGCUCACUGGAGAGUAUCAGCUUGUUGGGGAAGGUAAUAAGACCUGUGUGCAGCAAUUCUUCCUUAAUGUCACAGGUUCAGGAGCCACCCGUGAUUCUACCAGUUCAGCAAUAUCUAUUGGUAUUUUUAUUCUAGUAGUAAUUCUGGCACUAUGUGUGGGAUCUUUUAUAUAUCGCAAAAAGAAAAGAAGAGAAGAAAACAGAAAUGAAUUUGCUCAUCACUCUAUAAAAGUGCAGGAUUCUGAAAAUGGAUUUCUGCAGCAUGGAACUGAAGCAACUGAAAUGCAAGGAACUGAAAUGGACAAACAGAGAAGAUACAACAGGGAUCUUUCUCCUAAAAAUGAAGGCCACAUUCUCACUGUGCGGAGUAAGCUCUGUUCUGUGGCUUACAAAGUUAGUAGGAGAAAUGUUGGUUUGUGCACGGACACUAUUUACCUUUUCUCUUUUUAAGCAUUAUAGCUUUACCUCUAUUUAUAUUGCUGCUGUAUUUUCCCAUUAGGUUUUAUAAACUUCUCCAAUUGGUCUUUCUUCUGCUAUUUGAGGCCCCAACCAGCAUAGUCAUUUUAAAGUUAGAAAGUGCCUGAACAGAGCAUUUCCUUUCCUACUCCAUGAUCUCUAUUUUUAAUUUUUAUUUUCCAAAAGUCAUGCUGUAGCUAUUGAGGGCCCUUCCACAUAGCCAUAUAACCCAGAAUAUCAAGGCAGAUAAUCCACAAUAUCUGCUUUGAAAUGGGUUAUCUGAGUCCACAUUGCCAUAUAAUCCAGUUCAAUGCAGAUAUUAUACAGCUGUGUGGAAGGGGCCUGAGCUUGCUCCUUCCAUGUUAGGUUUUUGUGAUUUGGAUAUUUCCCCUUCUUUAGACUCUUUUGCGCUAAAGAAAAAUAAUAUAAAGACACUUUUAAGCACAGUGAUACAUACUUCUUGUUUCUCAUUGCCACAUUUUAAUUAUAUUUCAGCAAUCCUUCAAGUGAUGGCUAUGUUAGAUAAAAUUUAUUGCUUAAUAUACCUUAUAGCUGGGUCUCACACAGGAAGGUACUGCCUAUAUCCUGAAAAUUGACUGGAAAGUAUUUCUGCUGCUUUAAUAAGGGGUUAAUUGUUAGCUACUAAGAUGAAUUUAUCCAGUAGAGGACCCUUGUGGAGACCAAACUCUAUAGAGCUCAAGUCGCAUUGUAUAGAACGGCAUAAUAAAAUACUGUCACUUAUAUAAAAUGACAAAAAAAAUCCCUUUAAAAAUAUUUUAAAAUAAUAUUUCUCCAUACCCCCCCCCCCCCCAAUGCACACACAUUAAUCUGGGCAGCUUUUCAGAAACAAUGAACGACUGUUGGUCUCCCUGCCGAAUACUAAAUCCUUUGAAUUGCUCUUGUCUUGUCUUGUGAUUACAUGUCGUUUAUUUAUUUAUUUUAAAUAUUUAUAUUUUGCUUUUCUCACCCCGAAAGGGACUCAGGGCAGAGUACAACAUAUAUACGGCAAGCAUUCCAUGCCAGGACAUAAAAUAAUUAUAAAUAUACACAAACAUUAGUGGAGUAGGUUUCCUAUUAUUGCCUCACCAGCCCCCUAAAGGGCUAGUAAAUGGAGAUAGUGCCCUCUGUAAAACAUUUUGAAAACCUUUUUGUGUAUUGAAAUAUCACUUAAGCAUUUUUUUAACAGAGUUUAGAAAAAA